UAAAGUAUAAGCAGACCGCCCCAUCAUGCUCGUCGGUGUGCCUUUCAUGCCGUGCCUGACUUGCAACGGGUCAACCAUAUUACGCUAAACCGGCCCGCCCGACCCCGACCCACGCCCAAGCUCUUGCAGUCCGCGAAACAAACGACUGCUUAUAACCGCACCAGUUCUCCCACCCUAAAACCCCUUCUCAGUUUCUCCCCUUCCCUCCUAAAACCCUUGACCUUUCUCUCUCUUCGCCACCCUCCAAUGGCGAACAACCGCACCGGAGGUUUCCUACUAAGCUCUCAAUCGGAGCUAAUACACAAAGAGAAGAAGGAGAAGAAAUCGAAAUCAGGUGGAUUUAAAUCCUACAAUAUUCGCCUUAAUGUUUUCAAAGCAAUCAAAAGGAAGGGUUACAAAGUACCAACCCCAAUUCAGCGCAAAACUAUGCCUGUCAUUCUCGCUGGCGCCAAUGUCGUCGCCGUGGCUCGUACUGGUUCUGGGAAAACGACGGCGUUUCUUAUCCCUAUGGAGAAAUUGAAGCAGCAUGUUCCUCAGCACGGUGUUAGGGCUUUGAUUUUGUCUCCUACUAGGGAUUUGGCUCUUCAGACUAUGAAACUUUGCAAGAAGUUGGGCCAUUACACAGAUCUUCGUAUCAGUCUUCUAGUUGGUGGGGAUUCAAUGGAAAACCAAUUCGAAAAAUUAGCUCAAAAUCCUGACAUCAUUAUCGCCACACCGGAUAAGCUGAUGCAUCAUUUGUCCAAGGUAGAUGACAUGAAACUUCGAACAGUGGAAUAUGUAGUCUUUGAUGAAGCGGAUACUUUAUUUGAUUCGGGUUUUACUGAGCAGUUGCAUAAAAUUCUAACACAGUUGAAUGAGAGUCGUCAAACUUUGCUUUUCACUGCAACAAUGCCAAGUGCUUUAACAGAGUUUGCUAAGGCUAGUCUACGAGAUCCUCAUCUUGUACGCCUAGACGUGGAUAAGAAAAUCAGUUCAGACUGUAAAUGUGUUUUCUUCACGUUGAACCAGGAAGAAAAACAAGCAGCAUUACUGUAUUUGAUUAGGGAAGUAAUCAGUCCUAAUCAGAAAACCUUAAUCUUUGUUUCCACUAAACACCAUGCAGAGUUUCUCAGAGUGUUGCUUUCAUUGGAGGGUAUUGAGUCUAGUGUUUGCUAUGGUGAUAUGGACCGAGAAACUCACGAAAUUAGCAUCUCAAAGUUCAGAUCAGGAGAAAUAAAGACACUAAUUGUUACAGAUGUGGCUUUUAGAGGUAUGGAUAUUCCUUUGCUUGAUAAUGUAAUUAAUUGGGAUUUUCCUUCAAAUCCGAAAAUGUUUGUGCACCGUGUUGGAAGAGUAGCUAGCAGGGGCGGCGGAGAAGGGGUGCGAGUGGGGCGAUCGCACAGGGCCCCCCGAUAAAAAGGGCCCCCUAAAUUAAGUAUAUAUAGUAUUAAGGUGCAUAUAACAAACAGAAGUUAACUUGACUUAGUGGUAGGUGCUGAAUGAUACCACGCAAAUGGUCGGGGUUCGAUUCCCUCUUAAGCAUGUUUGGGCGUGCUUUUUUGAAAUAAAAGCAGUCAAUUAGUCAAUUGAGCCCAUUAAUACUUUGUCCUUCUCUUUUCUCUUUAAUUUUGGGGUUUUUUUCCCUUAAUGUUUCCUCCUGUUUUGUUUCUUUUUCCUAUAUUUUUAUAUCCAUCCUAAUUUCUAGAA